AGAAGAUAAACUACAUCUUUUAUCUACGGUUGUCAGUGUUGAAAAUUAGAAACACGGAACUUAUAUAAAACUACAGAACAAAUCAAAGUUUUAUAGAUAGCUCUCACAGUUUCUCAUUUUCUCUCUAGUAGCUCAAAUCUCUGUCAUAUAAAACUUAGGGCCGUUUGGAAGAAAAGUUUGAAUAACGUUGUUGGUAGGUUUUUGAAAAACGUGUGGGUAAAAAAGUGUGUGAAAAUGUGUGUAAUGUUGUUUAAAAACUGAAAAUAUGUUAUUUAGCUUCUACCAAACAGGGCCUUAGAAAUUUCAAAGCCAAUUUCAUAGCUCUCAAUCAUGGAAAUUUCGAAGCUCUAGGUCAUGGAAAUUGCAUAGCUAUUGGUCUCUCAAUGCGGUGGCUCUGUCUCACCGUCACUCACAAAAUCGAAGUUGAAGUCUUCUGUCAACUCCUCUACUCUUAGCCUACCUCAUCUAAUCUCCCCCAAUUUUCUAGGGUUUCAAGUUCAAUUGCCACUGCGACACUAAGAUCAUUUUGCCUGAUUUGUCUCGAUUCUUCAAUGGAGACAAAUUCGGUGCGUUUUCAUGUUUUGUUUAUUAAUUGUAAUGUUUGGUUCCUGGGAAAAUUUUAGGGUGAAUAUUUAAAUUCUCUCUCACUUCCUCUCUCUCCCCAAACCCCCAAGGUUCCCUCUCUCUCUCUCUCUCUCUCCCUCUUCCUGUGUAUAUGCCUAUAUAUAGGUUUUUGUAUCUUUCUUAGAUGGCUUUGUGUUUUGUUUUAGAGUCUACUACAAAGGAUGGUCAAGCUAAUAAAAAACCCCGUCCAAAGGAUAGAUUUGACUCAAGAACUAAUGCGAUGAAUGAUGGAGGCAAUGAUGCUACUUUGAUUGUUUUUAGUAGGGAUGUCAGCUACAAUAACAUUCAGGGUGAAAUUCCAUACAGCUUACCUCCCAAUGCCACAAAUAUAAAUAUGGCAUACAACUAUUUGAGACAAAAUAUUCCCCACUCUCUACCAGCCAUGAAAUGUCUCUAACAUCAGUGAGUUACUUCUCCCCCUAAGUGCCUAUUUACUAAAUUGCUUUUGCUUUUUGGUUAUUCAAUCAGAAUCUCUUAAUUCUUUUCUUGGAGAAAUCUAAACCAUAAUUAGUUAUCUGGACCAAUUGACAAUGUCUUUACUGGCUUAUAGAAUCUCAGAGAGAUGUAUGUGUUCUUCACCUGAUCCUUAUAUUUCCUUUUCCCUGGCGUUUGAAGUGAAAAGAAAAUAAUGCAAAGUACAAUAUUCCAUGAAAUACAAAGAGGAUGUUGUUGAUGCUAGUAGAAUCUUGAGGAGGUAUGAAGUUGGUGAUGAUCUUGAUGAAGGUAUGUAGCAAAUUAUGCAGCAAACAAGAACUCUCCAAAUACCUUUUAGUGUUCAAGGAUUGGCUAUUGUAAAUACUUUUAAGUGUAUUAUUCAAAACAGGUUUUGUGUAGCAAGUAGUGAUUCAUGUUUCAAAUUUAAAAAUGUAAAGGGCAAUAGAUAGAGUAGUUGAGUUAUGUUGAUUUGUACAAUUUGUUUCAUUGUGUUAAAAAGAGUAGUUGAAUGGCUAUUGUAAUUCAAUUUGGAAUUAAACAAUUGCGUUUACGUUUA